AGCUACAGCGGCCAGUCUGAUAGAACCGCCCGGCCCGCUCGGUCGCGCCGCGACUCUGCCCGAUAAUAAAAAAAAUAUACCUGAAUUAAAAUAAUUCAAAUAUCGAACACUUUUACUUCUUCAUCGACCUACGAGGUCACUUUUGUGAAACAAGUGAUUUUUCGUGGAUGUGUAGAGCCUCCGAAGGAGUGCGCCGGCCGGCACCACGUGAUAGCAAGGAGAGCUGCAGAAAAGUUAACUGGGUGCAAAAUUUAUUCGGGUCUAAAAUUACGUACCUAAUUGGUUCCAUCAAAAUGUGUGAAAGAUAAAACACAGUGAUAACUUAGAUAUGAUGCUCAAAAUCAGAAGCUUUUAUAUGAGUGAACCGUCAGUGAAACCCCAGUGUUAAUCAGUGUUAAUUUCUUUGAUUAGUGUAACGGAUAUUAGAUAACCUUAUUCAAAAUGGAAGCUUUGGAAAGGCGGGGAAAAUGGUUGGCGGUAGCUGGUAUACUAUUCAUAGUGUUUUGGUCACAAUGCCAGGGCGUGGAGGGGCGCAACUCCACCAAGAUGUCGUACGUGUGUCCGCCGCAGUUCAUCCGGCUCGGCCACAGCUGCUACUACUUCAGCGAGAGCAAGGCCACCUGGCAGAACGCGCUCUUCGCAUGCAAGGAUCGCGACAGCAACCUCACCGUGCCAGCUCGCUGGGAGGACCGGAACCUACGGAACUAUCUCAAUCUGCCCAGUAUAGAAAAGGCCAGUCGCUGGAUCGGCGGGAUCUACGACUACGGGUCCAAAUCGUGGAAGUGGGGGGGCGAGCUGCUGAAGAUGCGCUACCAGUCCUUCUCCAAGAUGAAGCGGAUGAAGCCCGAGGAGCUGCAGUGGCACUGCAUCGCCAUGAUGCCCGACUUGUUCUAUAGAUGGGCGCCAAAGAGCUGCAUCGAGCCGCGCCAGUACAUCUGCCAGACGAAGAUCCGUAAGAUACCGAAGUCCAAAGUGAAGGACCUGAAGCGACGCUGGCAACGCAUGGGCAAGAUCAACGAGAUCACAGCGCCCAGCGUCAGCCGAGAGAACAACGACGCCUUCAACAAUGACGUCACGAGCAACCCAGUCGCCAACCCGAAGUCGUAUGACCUGAGGCCAGCGCCACUGAGACUCGGGGCUGAAGACCACCGGCCGGUCCCGGGCAAGAAGAGGAUUAGGCCAUUCGCGCUGAAGAAGAGGUCGAAGGGAACUCACGCGCAAGGAAGACUCACUCCUCCGUUCCCGGGUUACUCCUGGAACCGCAUGGACCCUGAGGCGUCAUUCCAGCGCAACGCAGACCUCCUUCGCUCCGGCAAAACUGGCCUUUCUCCGCAGCAGAUCAAGAGCCACCUCGCCCGACUCAGCCACCUGCGGAACAAACAACUGCAUCGACUCCGCAUGCGGAAGAAGCACGGGGAGCGCCCUUUGAACGACCGGCCUCUGAAUGACACGCCGAAACAGCCUCGGCCUUUAGUGCAGGUUCACGCGAAGACGUAUACCAUAGACAACAAUAUUAGCGCUCUGCAUCCAAAGAUGAUUGUAGAGGAGUUCGAUAUGCUGCCGCCACCGCCGUCGGUGUCUGUGCCGAGGAACGUGCGUGGAGCGUACCCCUACCCUCGACUUCAAGGUUGAUUCUUCUUCUCUCUCUACUCUAUGUUUAUGUCUGUAUGUAAUUACCCUUCAAGUGUCACGUAUCGUAGUAUACGUCUGUUUGACGGAGUUGGAGUUUUGACUAUAAAAAUAAUAUUCCAUGUUAUCUAAUUCGAUUUUGUAUGUGCUUCUCGCGUUGGCUUUAGUUGUUAAAAAUAGUUGUAAAUAUUUUUCUGUACUUUUGAAAAAUAUUCUAUUUAAUUAUACCUACAACUUCCUUUAGAUAUAAAGUUAAGUAAAGUAAAAAGUAAAACGAGACAUAUAGCAAUCAGUAUUGUAGUAGAUGAUCGUACGUACUACAUGAUUAUGUU